AGGCAGUGGGGCUGAUGACGCACGCGCAUUAGUCGCCAGCGACCCGCCUCUGACUUUCGGUUUUCCCCUCCUCCUUUACCACCCUCCCGGAAGUGGAGCCGCCCUCGCGCCCACCAGCGGCCACUCCUGUGGCAGGCCCCGCCCUCGUCCCCACCCCCUGGCUCUCCGCCCCCUCCUCCGGUGGUGGCGCCGGCUUGUAACCCCGGUGGUGGUGGCAGCGGGUAGGAUUCCCCAAGACCGGAGCGCAAAGUCGUUCCCAGGGAAGGCCACUGGGCUAUGCUUGCCGGCUCCCGGCGUCUCGCUCCGGCCAGUCUCCGUCCCCGUGUCAGCUUGUGUCAGCCUGUGCCCGUGCCGGAGCGCUCUCCUCAGCCCGGCCCCGCGGCGCGGAACGCGCGCCCCCGGCGCGCCCCCUCCGAUGGCGGCGGAGAUCCAACCCAAGCCGCUGACUCGAAAGCCGAUUCUGCUGCAGCGGGUCGAGGGGUCCCAGGAGGUUGUGAAUAUGGCCGUGAUCGUGCCGAAGGAGGAGGGCAUCAUCAGCGUCUCGGAGGACAGGACAGUUCGUGUUUGGUUAAAGAGAGACAGCGGACAGUAUUGGCCAAGCAUAUACCAUGCAAUGCCUUCUCCAUGUUCAUGCAUGUCUUUUAAUCCGGAAACAAGAAGACUGUCCAUAGGUCUAGACAAUGGUACAAUCUCAGAGUUUAUUUUGUCAGAAGAUUAUAACAAGAUGACUCCUGUGAAAAACUACCAAGCACAUCAGAGCCGGGUGACAAUGGCCCUUUUUGUCCUGGAGCUGGAGUGGGUGCUGAGCACAGGACAGGAUAAGCAGUUUGCCUGGCACUGCUCUGAAAGUGGAGAACGCCUGGGAGGCUAUCGCACCAGCGCCGUGGCCUCAGGCCUGCAAUUUGAUGUGGAAACCCGACAUGUGUUUAUUGGUGACCAUUCAGGCCAAGUUACAAUCCUCAAACUAGAACAAGAAAGCUGCACGCUGUUCACAAGCUUCAGAGGACACACAGGUGGAGUGACUGCUCUCUGUUGGGACCCAGUCCAGAGGGUAUUGUUCUCUGGCAGUUCAGAUCACUCCGUCAUCAUGUGGGACAUGGGUGGGAGAAAAGGAACAGCCAUCGAACUCCGAGGACACAAUGACAAAGUCCAGGCCCUCUCCUAUGCACAGCAUACUCGACAGCUCAUCUCCUGCGCUGGUGAUGGUGGCAUUGUUGUCUGGAACAUGGAUGUGGAGAGGCAAGAGACCCCUGAGUGGUUGGACAGUGAUUCCUGCCAAAAGUGUGAUCAGCCCUUCUUCUGGAACUUCAAGCAAAUGUGGGACAGUAAGAAAAUUGGCUUACGGCAGCACCACUGCCGCAAGUGUGGGAAGGCUGUAUGUGGCAAAUGCAGUUCCAAGCGCUCCUCCAUCCCCCUGAUGGGUUUUGAGUUUGAAGUGAGGGUCUGCGACAACUGCCACGAGGCCAUUACAGAUGAAGAACGUGCUCCCACAGCCACCUUCCAUGACAGUAAGCAUAACAUUGUGCAUAUGCAUUUUGAUGCAACCAGGGGGUGGUUACUGACGUCUGGAACUGACAAAGUUAUUAAGUUGUGGGAUAUGACCCCUGUAGUGUCGUGAUGGCUACCCCAGGAAUCAGAAAAAUAGCAUUUACUGAAGAAACAGUUCUAAUCUGAAUCAGUACUAGAGAAGUGAAGCAGAUGUAUGAGCAGGAUAAGAAGCUAAAGACCCUAGGUGAAUUUGCAUCUUACCUAUGCAGUCAGUGGUGAACUAGUGAAAGAACAUUUGCAGGGACUCUUCAACUUGUUCAUACAAAACAAAAGAAGAUAUUUUUUUAUCAAAUGGCUUAUACAGUCUGACUAUGUUACAGUGUUUGGACUAUACUGAAAAAUCUGUGUGGGAUGUUUAAUUUUUCAGUCCUCUAUUUCACUUGUUGCUUUGUGUAUUGGAGAAAUGAGGAAGGUCUGUUUAGGGUAUUUUGAUCAUUAUAGUUUCUGUGUGUUUUGCGCUUUUUUUACCUCAACAUAUAUUGCAGCCAUGUUUUUCUUUGUCUUCAUGUGCCCAUACCUGCUUUGCAGUGGUGUGUAUAUAUGUAUUUCACGGUUUGUUCCCAGUGUCUCUGCUUUUCUGUCUUCAGUAGAGAUACUACAGAUCUACCAGCUGAGUUCUUGAAUCAUCCCUAUUGCCUAACUCAUGUUCUUACUGAGUAGCAAUGACUUUGUAUUUCUGCCUGUUGUCUCUGUCUUCCCACAUUAGAAAAUGCUUUGAGAAGCUGCUCCCAGCCAUUGUCAUCACAGAGAUGAUUAUGACUGAGAGCUUCAACCAUCAGUGCCUGGAUCUUUUAGAAUUCAUUUGAGGCUUCCUGAACCUUUUAUGUUCUCCUCCCUCACCCCCAACAUAGCUGUCCCUUACUGAUAAUUUCAGAACAAAACAAAAACCUUAUAUGCUUCAAAAAUACGCAUUUCAUAAUGCUUUUUUUCCUGUGUGACAUCAUAUCAGAACUUGAAUUUUUCAUUACUUUAAGAUUAUAAAUCUCCUGUAUUCUUUACCAUCUAUAUUGUGUUUUACUUUAAAAACUGGAUGUUUAAACAUCUCUAUCUUAAUGUUUUUCACCAGAACUGUUUGUAUACUUUCAUACUAAGACUAUAGGUGAUCUGAUAUAAAGGUACUAAAGCCUGCAGCUCAGGCUUUUUUCCUAUUGAGAAUGUAAAAGAGUGCUUUAGAAAAUGAACUUAAAGAAUUUGUCUAAGGGAAUCUAGUUAAGCUUGAUAAAAUGAAAUAAGUGACUCACUUCAUGAUAUUGAACUUCUUAUUAAAAAAUCCUUUUUUUUAGUUGGGUGUUGGUGGCUCCUGCCUAUAAU